UCUGAAUGCUUUAUAAACAUCGCGCAGCCAUUUAUGAAAGUGGUCGAAAUCACAAAGUCUGAAAAAUCAAUUCAUUGGCUGCAAAAAAAUAACAAUCUAAUACUUUGGUAUCAUCCACAUGGGUUUAGAGGUGACACCUGCUGAGUGCAUUUUGUCUUAAGAACAAAACUGGGAUGAGAGUUUCUGGUAUUUCGGUCAUUUGUCUAAGCGCGCUCUGCGUUGUUGGAUCUUUCAGUGCCGAAAGAGGUUUCAUUCUAACUGCGCCGAAGAACCUCGAUGCGGGCAGCACGGAGUAUUUGACCUUCACGGCAAUCAAUGUCCCAACGGGUGGAUCCGUCACCAUCAAACUACUACACUGGGACAAGGAUGAAGUGCUGGCAGAGAGUAAAGUCGUUGCCAUUAAUAAUAUGAACAUGUGGGUAGAGAUGACCGUGCCUCCCUCUCCCUUGGACGUUAAAGCGAAACUGCGAGUGAAGGGCACUUUCAGCGGCGGCUACAAGAUAGAGGCCGAGAAGGAGGUGUUCAUCCGACGCACUUCCGUCGUCACUUUCAUUCAGACAGAUAAGCCCGUCUACAAACCGGGACAGACAGUCAGAUUCCGAGUGCUGCCCCUGGACAGUCGACUCAAACCGCUGGAAUCAAAUACAAAAGGAGAUGUCUGGAUUCAAGAUCCUACUGAUGUCAGAGUUGCGCAGUGGAAGCAAGUUAAGUUAGAUGAGGGCAUUGUACAAAUGGAGCUUCCCCUGUCAAACGAGCCUUCUUUAGGAACAUGGAAGAUAGGAGCGGUUAUCAAUCAAGUGAACAGUUAUCAGACCUUUGAAGUUGAAAAAUAUGUUUUACCGAAAUUUGAAGUGAAAGUGAAGCCUCCUCCUUUUGUCAUGGCAGAUGCGGAUAUCAUCCCAGUUGAAGUGUGUGCUUGGUAUACUUAUGGCAAGAAGGUAGACGGCACAUUCAAGGUUAAAGUCACUUACAAACAAUAUCCGUGGGAGAAAAAGAAUCAUGCCAUACCUUCUAUUAAAUAUUCAGGACUGAUAUCUGGCUGCGAAAUCAUCAACAUUCACACUCUGGACAUCCUGAUGCAAACACUCAACUUCGGAUAUCGAACACUCCUCUUCUCCGCUAAAAUCACCGAGAACGGAACAGGUACGGAAGGAAAUGCCUCGGCGUCGCUGGGGAUCACGCACUCGCCCCUAGAGCUAACUUUCCUCGGUUCAAAGAGUGGCAUGGACUACUUCAAGCCAGGAUUACCGUACUUCGGGCAGUUGCUGGUCACGAGACCCGAUGGAAUCCCCGUGGCCAACGAGAAAAUAGAGAUUUGUGCGCAUUACUUCGAUCAAGUUGGUUCCGACUACGUUUCCUCCCAACCCAAGGAGCGGCGCUGCCAGCUCUUCACCUCCAGCAAGGAGGGCCUCAUUCACUUUUCCAUUGCUCCUAUGCCUUCAGACAUCCUCAGGAUAUCAUUGGAGGCAGAAGCCGUGAACUACGAGGCCAUCAAGUACCCCGAUAAUUGGUGGAGGUAUAAAGUAGUGCGUCCCUCUGUUAUUCUUAGUCUCCAUCCGUGGUAUUCCCCGUCCGGCAACUACCUGCAAAUCCAGCCGCACUCCGGUGAGAUGGAGUGCGAUUCUAGACAGGCCCUUAUCAUCAGAUACACAGCAGAGAAAGGGGUCUCUGUCAAGUUCUACCACCAAGUAUUGUCUCGAGGCCGCAUAGUUCAACAGGGAUCCCAUCAGCGGUUCUACUACGAGACAGACCAGAAGAAGGAAAAGUACGACUUGCCUGCCCCUAAUACCCCGCAGUUCCGCCCCUACUUUAGCUCUCCAGUGAACUCCACAGACCAGCCCGAGAUCGGGGAAUUCUUGCUUAGCUUCGACCCACGGGCCAGCAUGUCACCAAUAGCCCGGCUUCUGGUCUUCUAUGUCCGUGAUAAUGGAGAGAUCGUUGCAGAUUCCAGGAUGAUCAAAAUUGCUCAAUGUUUCCAAAACAAGGUGAACAUGCACUUCCGGCAUGAACAGCAGUAUCCGAGUACGGAGGCAUCCAUGCUGUUGUCCGCUAGUCCCUCCUCUCUGUGUGGAAUUGGCCUCAUUGACAAGAGCGUGCGGUUGCUUAAACAAGACGAGCAAUUUAGCAAAAAGAAUAUUUUCAAUGUCAUGGAGAGAUAUGAUGUCGGCAAGGAUGAUCAGCCACGUCAGGUGACUGAAAAUUAUUGCAAUCUAGGUGACACAGAAGUGCUGCGUUCUGCGAGAACAGAUGGCGAUUUUUUCAUGCCUUUUUCCAGGAGCCUAUCACACCAUGUGGACACAGCCAUGGCCUUCGAAGAAGCGGGAAUGGUUGUAAUUAGUAGUUUCCAACUGGAAAACCGACCUUGCGUGGCUACAGAACCUGUGGCAUUCAUAGAUGACUUGAUAGAUGACAGAAGAUUCAGAAUAGGCCGUAAGUCCCUGUUUUCAGGAGAAAACAACUUAGGACGCCCUGCCCUGCCAUUGCCCCAGAUGAUAUUUACGAAGAUGGAAGAUAGAAGCCCAGAAGCGGAAGUCCCCCAAAAGCCGAGCGAAACGGAAGAGAUCCGAAAUUAUUUUCCAGAGACCUGGUUGUGGGAAAUGCACUCUGUUGGACCUAGUGGUCAAACAGUGGUGAAACGCCACUUGCCCCACACUAUAACCCAAUGGGUAGGAGGCGCUGUCUGUGUUAGCCCUAAGACAGGGCUGGGGCUGUGGGAGGAGAGCAGUAUCACCGCCUUCCAGCCUUUCUUCGUCUCUUUCACCCUGCCUUAUUCAGUAGUGAGAGGAGAAGUCCUGCCACUUGUUGUCUCUGUCUUCAAUUAUUUGUCUGAAUGUUUACCGAUUAAGUUGUCUUUGGAACCGAGUGAAGAAUAUCGAAUCCUGUCGGAGAGCAGAUCUCAUCGUCUGUGUGUUUGUGGAGGAGAGAGCAAAAGCCAUAGGUUUUCCCUGGAGCCAACAACACUUGGUAAAAUUAACGUAACCAUGUACGGCUUUUCUCUGGAAGACGACGACGAAGCGGUCUGCGGCAAUGAAGUAACAGCGAGAUUAAGUGCGCGAGAUGCCGUCUCUAAACAGCUGCUCGUGGAGGCAGAAGGUUUUCAAAAAGAAGAAGUUUUCAAUUAUUUUGUUUGUCCUGAAAAUACCAACGGAACUUAUGCCACAGAGAUUGAUCUUUUACUACCAGAAGAUGUUAUUGAGGGUUCGGGAAGAGCAUAUGUGUCCGUUACAGGUGACUUAAUGGGUCCAGCUUUGAACGGGCUGAGCAAUUUGGUAAAUCUUCCGGUGGGUUGUGGGGAACAAAAUAUGGUUCUCUUCACUCCUAAUAUCGUCGUCAUGGAUUAUUUGACUUCGACUGGAAGAAUGACGGAGCAGAUGAGGACGGAGUGUUUGAACAAUAUGAAAAUAGGCUAUCAAAGAGAAAUGCGCUACCGACACAAGGACGGUUCAUACAGUGCCUUUGGAUCGGGCGAUAAGGAAGGCAGCCUGUGGUUGACGGCCUUCGUGGUCAGGUCCUUUGGACAAGCCAUGCGCUUCAUAGACAUCGAUUUCCAUGAUCUCGCGUACAGCACCGCCUGGGUUCUCGGACGGCAGUUCGAGAAUGGCUGCUUUGAGCCUUCCGGUCGAGUGCACAACAAGGCCAUGAAGGGAGGUCUGACCGAUGGUGAACAUUCCUUGGCACCUUUGACUGCUUAUGUUCUUAUAUCUCUUCUCGAAUCCGGGACUCAAGGACCCGAUCAACUUUCGAUACGCAAUGGGCUAAUGUGCCUGGAAACGGAACAGAAUCCCAAUAAUUACACAUUGGCCCUAUUUGCGUAUGCAACAACCCUGGCACAAGAGAAGAGAGCUGCAUAUCAUUACUUAAGCAAAUUAGAAGAGAGAGCCACCAUCAAAGGUAGCCACAUGUACUGGGAAUCGCCAUCAGAGGAAAAUGGCUCCAAAUCCGUGAACGUAGAAAUCGCUGGAUACUAUAUCCUCAGCAGGAUGAGGCUGGAUGGGAAGGAAAGCGUGUCAACAGUAUUGCCAGUCGUCAGAUGGAUAGCGCAGCAAAGAAACGCGCAAGGAGGCUUCGUUUCAACGCAGGAUACAGUUAUAGCCUUGCAAGCCCUGGCCCAAUAUUCCGCCCUGCAAUCGACUUCUCCCGUAGACAUCGGAUUGGUAGUGGAAAGUGACGAACUGGUCAAAGGAUUCAAAGUGGACGAAGACAACAAACUGCUUACUCAAAGAAUUCAAAUACCUUUACUACCAGCUGUGGUCGACUUGCAAGCAGUCGGAGACGGAUGUGCCUUAGUGCAAUUCUCCCUAAAGUAUAAUGUCGAAAAAGUUUCUGGAAGCGAAGCUUUGGAUCUGAGCGUCACUGUGGUCAGACUGGGGAGCUCCAUUUGCAACUUACCCAGACUCGACAUAUGCAUGAGGUACAAAAAUCCAGAUCAGAGCACGAACAUGGCAGUGGUAUCCGUAAAAAUGCCUUCUGGGUUUGCUCCCGACGAAUGGAGCCUCUAUGAGUUACAAUCCAGUCCGGAGGUGCAGUUGAAACGGCACGAGUUAGAGGGCAAUCAAGUGAAUCUGUACUUCAACGAGCUUACCAAUGAUCGAAAAUGUUUCAUGUUCUUCAUCAAAAGUGAAAUUGAAAUCGAGGAGAUAAAGCCUUCUUCGGUUAAACUCUAUGAUUACUACCAGCCGGAGCUGGAAAUUACCAAGGAGUUCACACUGCCUUCUACAUGUUCCGUGCCUUCCUUACCGGGUAUUGCAUUCAAUUUAUCAGAAAUGCUUCCGACACCGCCACCAACUUUUCCAAUAGAUGUAGAUAACGAGGAAGAAAUGUUCAGUAUUUUGCCCGUACCUGCCGCAGAGCAUACUUUCACGACAAAACAUGCAUUAGGAUACGGUGACUUGGACUCUGUUGCUGAGUCUUUAACUACGAUCCAUCCCACUGAAAGUGUGGCAACAGGACCCUAUCUCCCUGUUGAUGAAAUAUCAGCAACUAUGGAUAAGACAGUAGAAACCCCAUCGAAAGGAAUGACCACUGAAGGGCUUUCUUCGGAAACGACGCUGUUGCCCAUUGAAAGCGAGCAGGCGGACGAUGCAAGUCCUCACUGGCCAGAAAACAAUGUGAGUCACCUGGCCAAUUUUCUGAACAUUGAUCAAGACCUCGAUUUUCCGGACGGAAUAGAAGGAAACCUGCCAGUAUCGGUUCUGUCGACGGUUUCUCCACCAGUUUUCUCCUUAGAUGAGAUUUCAAACUGUCCGAUAUGCAUAACACAGUUUCCAGAAGAUUUCAAUGACAUCUACUGCAAUUCUGCUUUUGCUUUACGAGUGAUCGUGCGAGAUGGCAAAAUGGGGACAGUCAAAAUACUUCAGGACAUCAGUUAUUUCCUUCUGCAGCCGAAAGCAAUGAAGAAAUUUGCGAAAUUGGAAUACGAUCACAAAUGCGAUUGUGCACAGUUACGAGAAAAGAAUUCCGUUCACUUCAUAAUGGGCACACCGACAGACCUCUGGAGCUCAGAAAGAGAGAAGCACAGAAUUCGUCUCACAAACCAAGUUCACGUCAUUUCAAUACCAGUGAAAACAUUGCAAUCAGAACUACUGAAGACAGCGAGAAAGAUGUGCAGCAAUGACCCCUAGAUUCGUUUUUAAAAAAAAUAUACACUGUUGUGAAAUGAAAAAAAGUGGACAUAGAUUUUUAUUUCGAAGAACAGAUGUAAAGUUUGAGAGAGAACUCUUGAGACUUAAACUCUUACUUUAGAAAUGAGGUACGUGACCACCAUUUGAAAUUCUAACAUUUCUAUUGAUGCGAUAAAUGCAUUUUGGUCAUUUUACCACCGAUGGCGGUCAAAAUGAAGCACCAUUAAUAUAAAGUCUUAAAGAACAGCUUUUAACAACAUAUAUUUAAUAAAAUAAUAGUUUUUCUCG